UUUACUAAUGCGGAUCAAAAAGAACUAGAAAGUUUGUUAGCAUGUGGGUUUUAUUCUGCCGGUAUUUUGUUUAAUAUUUUGAAAAAUGAAGAUAUAAAAGCUUUUUUUUCAAGAGCAUUACUAUAUUUUAAAUUACCUACAUGUUAUUCUCUUUCAAACUCUCUUCUUACUAAAGAAUAUUCUGGUCUAAAUACUGUUAUUAAUUACUUACUUAAUAAAACACAAUUUUUAUGUCUUGUAAUGGAUGGUUGGUUAAAUAUUCGUAAGAAUUCUAUUAUUAAUUAUAUGAUUACAACUUCUAAACCGCUUUUUUACAAAUCAGUACAUAUGAAAAAAGAUCACUAUACUGCACAAAACAUUGCAGAAGGAAUAAAUAAAGUUAUACAAGAGCUUGGUGCUAACAA